AGAGAGCAUCCUGCUGGGAAAUUAUGCACGCAUGACGAAAGGGUGCCCCAGACAACACCUCUUCUUGUUCUCAUUUUUCUACCCCUUUCUACCAAACGUUCCUGCCCCCCCCCUCGCUACCCCAACUUUGUUACAGCCACUCUUUUACUUGCUUUCAGUUAUUAAAACACUACUAUGAAGAGGUUGAUAAUUUCACUACAAUUUAUUCUUUUAAUUUUCCAUUGUCAUGGACUGCGAUUGCCCUGGCAGCAGCAAACGUUCGAAGCGUUCCUAAGGAACGACAACAGCAACAGUAGGAGGUUUCCAAUGAGACCUCAAGUUGUAAUAACCAAUCUACCACAAAAUCAAGCCAAGGAAUUGUCGUCGUCGUCCUCAUCGGCAGUGCCGGCGACGGCAUUGCACUCAUUUAGAUUGAAAAGCAUAUACCACCAUGCGUCAGACAACGGUCCUAUUCCGGGUCUCUUUCGCAAACUAGACAUACUAUCGGCGUCGCCGGAGAAUAGAAAUAGCCAAGACGAAACAUUUGAAAUACGUACAAAGCUCGGCGAUACCUAUCGACCUACUUAUCCAGAGGCCGUCUACAAUCUAUACAAGUAUGACCCAGUCAAACGACAACGUAAUCAAUAUACCAUCACCGCUAUGGAUGACCCAGACGAAGCUACCAUUGAUUUUGAUUGGGCUCCAGGCUCAUUGCCUGACGUAAAGCAUCGAGCAACCGUCCUGGCACUUGCCAUGAUGACCAGUAAUGCAUACAGUCCAGCGAAUAACGAUACUGAUUGGUAUGAUAUCGGAGCGCCGUGGAACUUGAAUACAUCGUUUGGAUGGGAGACCGAUGGCAUUCGAGGCCACGUAUUCGGAAACGAUGACGGAUCGAUUCUCGUGAUCAGUCUCAAGGGAACAAGUGCUGGGUUAUGGGGCGGCGGACAAACAGGCGAAAAGGAUAAGAUGAAUGACAACACGCUAUUCUCCUGCUGCUGUGCCUACAUCAGUCGCGCUUGGACAACUGUAUGCGAAUGCUAUCAAGGAAACGAGUAUGUAUGCGAGAACAAAUGCUUGCAGGAUAGCAUAACCAAUAGCGGUCUUUACUACGAUCAUGCCAUGGAAAUUUACAAACAAGUCGCCGAUGACUACCCCAACUCAACGGUAUGGCUGACAGGUCACUCACUAGGCGGCGCAUUGGCAAGCUUGGUCAGUCAAACGUUCUUGGUUCCAACAGUGACGUUUGAGAUACCUGGUGAACAAUUAGCCGCUCGCCGGUUACAUUUGCCACAUGCACCAGGUGUGGAGGUGCCCUUGUGGAACUUUGGUCAUACUGCAGAUCCUAUAUUUGUGGGCGUUUGCACUGGACCUGCAAGUAGCUGUUGGUACGGAGGUUUUGCUAUGGAGACACGGUGUCAUUCCGGGAAGAUAUGCGUUUGGGAUACUGUAAACGAGAAAAACUGGCGAGUUGAUGUCCGGUCACACCGUGUACACGAUGUCAUUGAAAAUAUUCUCAAGCAACCAGAAGGAGAAUUUCCUCUACCAGAUUGUGUGCACGAAGAUCCAAGUUGCGCCGAUUGUGGGUUAUGGAAUUAUAUAGAUGAGCGGGAUAAUCAUCCGAGCUCCUCUACUACUACGCCGUCUAUGACAAAAACAAGCGCUGUUCCUGAACCUCCUGGCGAUCCCUGGCGAACUGGUAGCAGCACUACUUCCGCUGAGCAAGAGGAAUAAACACACCAUGCGCAUACAUUUACAUUAGAUUUUGAAGUUAAAAAAAAUGAUACGAUGGACACCAUGUUGGUAUAGCUCCAUAAUAUAUCUAUUCCUGCUGCCUAAGCAUUUGUGGUAGUUGCACAAUCUCAUGGUUGUCUCGGCUUGCAGUGCGCACGAGCGCAAUGAUUGGCUGCCUUUAAAAAGCUGUAUACGAAUAAAGACGCGAGCGCGUUUUACGUGUUUUUUUUUUC